GCUGUGAGGGGAAGUUGGGGCAGCUCCUGAGUUCAGACCAACAGACAGAACAGAGAGGAAAGACUCAGGAGGGAGACAAAGACAGAGGGAGACCACCAGGGCCAGGGAGACAGAGAAGUCGAAAUAGAAGAGGGACGGGGGCACCAAGAGAGGGACAGAGGUGGAAAGAGGGGGAGCACGGCUGCGCCCCCUCAGGAGGCCUCCCUCAGGCAGGAAGCGGGGGACCCGCUAGCACUAGGCCCACUGCCUGCGGAUGAGCGCCAACAUGGCUGCAGCUGUGCCAGCCACUGCAGCUGCUUCCCGGAAGGAGUCUCCAGGCACAUGGGGCCUGGGAGAGGAGCCAGCAGGUGUGGGCCCCUCGCUCCAGUGUCGCGUGUGUGGUGACAGCAGCAGCGGGAAGCACUAUGGCAUCUAUGCCUGCAACGGCUGCAGUGGCUUCUUCAAGAGGAGCGUGAGGCGGAGGCUCAUCUACCGGUGCCAGGUGGGGGCAGGGACGUGCCCGGUGGACAAGGCCCACCGGAACCAGUGCCAGGCCUGCCGGCUGAAGAAGUGCUUGCAGGAGGGCAUGAACCAGGAUGCUGUGCAGAAUGAACGCCAGCCGCGAAGCACAGCCCAGGUCCGGCUGGCCAGCAUGGAGUUAGAUCCGGAGCGCCGGCUGGAGCCCCUGGGGGCCCCCCUGGCCCCGGCAGGGCCCAGUCCACGGGGCCCCACGCCUGUUUCUGCAGCCAGAGCCCUGGGGCCCAGGGCCCUCACACCUCCAGGUCACCACCACUUCAUGGCCAGCCUUAUAACGGCCGAAACGUGUGCUAAGCUGGAGCCAGAGGACGCCGAUGAGAAUAUUGAUGUCACCAGCAAUGAUCCCGAGUUUCCCUCAUCCCCAUACUCCUCCUCAUCCCCGUGUGGCCUGGACAGCAUCCAUGAGACAUCGGCUCGCCUUCUCUUUAUGGCUGUCAAGUGGGCCAAGAACCUGCCCGUGUUCUCCAACCUGCCCUUCCGGGAUCAGGUGAUCCUGCUGGAAGAGGCAUGGAGUGAACUCUUCCUCCUCGGAGCCAUACAGUGGUCCCUGCCUCUGGACAGCUGCCCGCUGCUGGCCGCACCUGAGGCCUCCGCUGCCGGCAGCUCCCAGGGCCGCUUGGCACUGGCCAGCGCGGAGAGCCGCGUGCUGCAAGAAACCAUCUCGCGCUUCCGAGCGCUGGCGGUGGACCCCACGGAGUUCGCCUGCAUGAAGGCCCUGGUCCUCUUCAAACCAGAAACUCGAGGCCUGAAAGAUCCUGAGCACGUGGAGGCCUUGCAGGACCAGUCCCAGGUGAUGUUGAGCCAGCACAGCAAGGCGCACCACCCCAGCCAGCCUGUGAGGUUUGGGAAAUUGCUCCUGCUCCUCCCAUCCUUGAGGUUUAUCACUUCUGAACGGGUUGAGCUCCUCUUUUUCCGCAAGACCAUAGGGAAUACUCCAAUGGAGAAGCUCCUCUGUGAUAUGUUCAAAAACUGAGAGACAUGGAACUACCAUGGGCACUGCUACUUUGGAAAACAAUCUACCAAAGCCAAACAUUUGCCCUGUGACUCGGCAAUUCCACCUGUAGAUACACACGUACCAGGCAGAAAUGUCCACUAAAAGAGAUUAUAAGAAUAUUCAUAGCAGCUUUAUUCCUAAUAGCCCCAAACUGUAUUUUGGCAAUAGGAUGGAUUAAUAAAUCGUGAUCUAUUCAUUUAAUGGAAAACAGCAAUAAAGAAGAGUGAACUACCAACACAUGUGACAACAUGGAUGAAUUUCACAGACAUAAAAGUGGAACCGAAGAAUCCUUCCAGGCACAGGUUCUGCUUAUACAAAGUUCAAGAAUGGGCAAGACUAACGGAUGGUGACAGAAGCUGGAAUAGUACUUACCUCAGGGGGAGGGAGGUGGGUGGCUGGGAAAGGACCCAGGGGAGCCUUUUGGCAUGCUAGAAAUGGUUUUUAUUUUGACCCAGGUGGUGGUUUCACAAAUCUACUAAUUCAUAAAAAUUAAUUGAGCCAUGCACUUAAGAUUUGUGUACUUUACUGUAUUAUGUUAAAUCUCAGUAAAAAAGUGAACAAAAAAAAGAAA